UGUGGCUCCUGAGCCGGGUGUCCUGCCAGCAGAGGAAACUUUCCCAUGGCGCUGCUGUCGCCAGGGCAUUUGUUUUGGACCAGGCUGCACCAUGAGGCCUAAGACCGCCCAGUCCACCCCUGCCUGAGGCCCCGCGCUGAAUGCCCAUCCAUAUAAUGCUUCCCAAGAGCCAACUAACACGUAAACUGCCUCUCCAGUGCGCAGACAGGCCCAGUCUAGACAGGUCCUUUGUGAACUGGGUUUUGGGAAGAAACAAGCUAGGCCUGGCUUCUUCGUGGCUUUCAAUGAGCCUGUGCCCUGUAUUUGCCCUGAGACAAAAUGUUUAUCGCUCCAGGAGUGCCCAGGGCUGCAGGAGGGCCUACGUGGACCCAGGAGAGGACCCUGGUGGCAGUGAAGCCAGAUGGGGUCCAGCGGCGGCUUGUUGGGACUGUGAUCCAGCGCUUUGAGAGGCGAGGCUUCAAACUGGUUGGGAUGAAGAUGCUGCAGGCACCUGAGAACAUCCUUGCUGAGCACUACCAGGACCUACAGAGGAAGCCCUUCUACCCAGCUCUCAUCAGCUAUAUGAGCUCUGGGCCUGUGGUGGCCAUGGUCUGGGAGGGAUACAAUGUGGUCCGUGCCUCAAGAGCGAUGAUAGGACACACUGACUCCACUGAGGCUGCCCCUGGAACCAUCCGGGGAGACUUCAGCAUUCAUAUCAGCAGGAACAUCGUCCAUGCCAGUGACUCUGUGGAAGGAGCCCGGAGAGAGAUCCAGCUGUGGUUCCAGAAUAGUGAGCUGGUGAACUGGGCAGACGGUGGCCACCAUAACAGCAGCUACCCAGGCUGAGGGCUCAUGCUACCCUUAGCACUCCAUUGUCCUCCAAGGCCUAACUACCUCGGUCAACAAGAACUCAAGCCUACACCCAUCCUGUCUCUCCUAAACCACUUCCUUGUUCACCUUCUAUCUUACUCCAGCCCACAGAAAUUUGAUCCCCAACUUUAUGUGCCUUUCUGUGUCCUAGGCCAGUACAAGAUUAAGCCAAAUCUUGUAUCAAAGUGCCAGAAAACUUUUGGGGCGUCUUCAAAGGUGACUUCCCCUACCCCAAAGGAGAAACAUUAAAAUUUAUUCCUUGGAAUGGAAA